GCUCGCAUCACCCAAAUCCCUACCUACGAUCUAAGCGGAGAUAAUCCCCAGGGAGCGACACGAGAGAUUCCCAAACUGGGGCCUUCGCUUGAGAGGUUCGAAAGAUAUUCUUCAAUCGAGCGAAUUAUCGUCCCGACAAGCUGGGCAAGCUUCAGAAACAUUGUGCUUGUGCUGGGAUUCGCGUUAAACCCUCACCAUAUCUCUUCGGCUUCGUCAUAGAACAGAACGGGUCAAGGCAAGCCUGGCGACAUUGUGGAGCUCUUCCGCCGAGCUUAUUUUCUUCUUGGUUCCCUCGGGAACGGACACGUAUCUGGAUAAUACCCCUCUAUCACGAACUCAAUCGCAAUAACAAGAGGAUUACCCGCCAUGGAGAAGUUCUCUCAAUUUCGGGACAGAGGCUCCGGAAUCGCGCCCUUCUUCCCUGUUUCAACGCAACCCGCCGGGAUUAAACUCCCCUUUCACAUUUUUCUCUUCGUGAUCCGACUUCCGCUAUUGAUUACUGCGAUCUUGACUUAUUUCUUAAUAUUGCGCUGGCUGCCGAUUGGAAGCGCGGGCAAAAAGGCAUCAUUAUGGUCGAUCCUAGCGAUUCCGGGGAUAUGGUGGAUUGAUUUACAAAUUGACGGUGUACGAAAGGGGUCUCUAGCCAAGCAAGCAGCCCGACUUCCGGGACCAUCAUCUAUCAUUGCAUCAUCAAGCACGUCUCCCAUUGACGCACUAUAUCUUGCAGCGAUUUUCGACCCGCUCUUCACAGCAUCAUAUCCGUCCACGCGCCUCGUUCAUCGAAUUUCGCUGUUCCAAGCUAUUGUCCGUGCCUUUGCGAAGCCACGCGUCCAUCCACCACCAGGCGCGCAGCUGGUCGAUCUGGAGACGCUCCUACGAGAGCACCCCAAGCGAGUCAUUGCCGUGUUUCCUGAAUGCACAACAACCAACGGACGCGGGAUCCUUCCAUUUAGUCCGUCACUGCUGACCGCGCCGCGCAAUGCCAAAAUCUUUCCGCUCAGCCUCCGAUACACGCCGGCAGACAUCACCACACCUGUACCAGGAUCCUACUUCGGAUUUUUGUGGAACCUUUUGAGCAAGCCCACACAUUGUAUCCGCGUCCGCAUCGCCGAAAGCGUUUACAAUACUUCUCAGGAUCCUCUACCCCCAGCAAAGAACUCGUAUGCUACAAACUAUCUUGAUACUCUGCAGGCGGAGGAUCGGGCAAGCAGCAGCGACACCCUUACGGGCUCCGAUUCAGGCGCAGAACUUACGAGCGAGGAGAGAAAUCUAUUGGACAAGGUCGGAGAAGCUCUGGCCAGACUAGGCCGUGUCAAGCGUGUUGCGCUUGGCGUCAGGGAGAAGAAUGACUUUGUCAAAGCUUGGUCAAAGCUUCGUCGAUGAUUGUUGAUUGUGGCGGGUUGGCGGGGGAGAAAGAGUGGGGCAGAAAGCUGCGCCUUCGGUAUGAGGAGGGAGGAGAAAACUAGGUGCGGAAGAAAGUCAUAUAAAGAGGUCAAACGGGAAAAAGCGGUUUCUUACAUACUCUGUAUGCCGAGCGGUUUGCUGGAUUAGCCCCCUGGCUUGAAAUUUAAUCUUUUUUUUUUCUUUUUUCCUUUCUUUCGAUAUUACUUUUGCU